UCUUUCCGUACCGUUGUCGUAUACAGACGACAGAAAAACGUGCUUCCUGGUCCCCGUUGUCGUAUACAGACGACAGGAAAAUGUGACGUCUCAUCCCCGUUGUCGUAUACACACGACAAGGGAUGUUAUGUUAUCUAAUUUAUGAUUAGCUGGCUGUAGCAGACGACAGAUGAAUUAUCCAAUAAAUUUACACAAAAAAAUGAAUCCCUCGGUUCAUAACAAAGAUUUUGAUAGGCGAAAAGUACACAAUUUUCGUCAUGUGACCCAAUUUGUUCGAAUUUCCCGGGAAAUGUUAUGGAAUGUCAUCACCAAUGUAAACAACAUGGCGGCGAGUGCAUUGACUGUGAAUGCUGAUACUGAAUCAGACGAUGACGAAGGGGCUGGGACCCAAGAAUUAGACAACAAUAUCGGUGGAUCCGAUCUGGAAUUGUCUGAGCUGGACUCUGACAGUGAUGAUGACAUUCCACUCGCCGAUAUCAUCCCGCUAGCGGGCCUCGUAGACCGCGGAGGUGGAGAUGCUGGACACGCCCACAACGAUCGCCGCUGGACAGCUGAUCUGAAACCUAUACGUGUGAAGGAUUUCGAGGAUAUAGCUGGCCCUACUACCGCACUGGAUGCUGAGAAGAAAGAGCUGGAUUUCUUUCACCUGAUUUUCCCUGAAUCCUUGUACGACAAGCUAGCCCAGCAGACCAACACCUAUGCUGCUAAGCGGAUCCGGGAAAAGGCAGACAGCUCGUGGCAGGCAACUUCGCCCACCGAGAUCAAGACCUUCUUGGGGAUUGUGAUUUUUAUGUCACUGCUGGACCUGCCAACUGCAAAGAUGUACUGGUCAUCUGAUUGGAUGUUUCAAACAUCUUUGCCUACCAUAAUGACCAGACUCAGAUUUGAGAAACUCGCACAGUAUUUUCAUCUGAAUGACUCCACGACAAAUCCCCCCAAAGGCAGCGACGGUCACGACAAGCUCCAUCAUGUCAGGCCAGUCUUAGAUACCAUCCAAGGCACUAUAGCAUCCCAGUACACGUUACACCAGGACUGUGCUAUAGAUGAGGCUAUGAUUGCAUACAAGGGGAGGCUUAGUUUUAAGCAAUAUAUGCCAGCCAAGCCGGUUAAGUUUGGGAUCAAGGUGUGGGAGCGGGCGGAUUCCACCAAUGGCUAUGUCGACAAACUCCAGAUUUACACCGGAAGAGCAGGAAAUGAACAAGGCAAGAGAGAAGUUGGACUUGCUGCUCGAGUUGUGACCGACCUGACCAGAGACAUUGUUGGUAGCAGUCGCCACGUAUAUGUUGACAAUUUCUUCUCCAGUCCCCAGCUGUUUUCUGACUUGCUAAAGGAUGGUCUCUAUGCAUGUGGAACAUGUCGAAUCAAUAGAAAGGGGUUCCCGUCUGGUAUCAGUAAGGAGAAUGUUAAAAAAAAGGGAGACUUCACAAUGCUGCAAUCAGGAAACCUGGUGGCCAGUGUCUGGUUUGACAACAAGCCAGUGACAUUUCUGUCGACAAAUGCAGACCCUACUACACUACAUGAGGUGCGUCGCAAAAAUAAAGAUGGUAGUGAGAGAGUUCAACUGGCCCCUUCUGUUGUGAAAAUGUACGGCGACAAUAUGAAUGCUGUGAAUAGAGCUGAUCAACUCCGUAUGCAGUACACCUGUGCCAGAAAGUGCUACAAAUGGUGGAAGUAUGUUUUCUUCUUCUUGCUUGAUACAGCCCUUGUGAAUUCUUUCAUUCUUAUGAAGGAGUCUCCAAGUCACCAGAGGAAAACCAGAACUGGCAGAGUGAAGCAUCUUACCCAGCUGGAAUUCAGAGAAAGGCUAUGUAAACAGUUAAUUGGUGAUACACGUUCUGUCAGAAAACGACGACGUGUGAUACAGCAUGAUGUGGCAGGUCUUUCCUAUUCUCAUAUGCCAGUUAAGGUAAAGGUGAACAGGUGUCGCCAGUGUGGAAAGGUGAAAAUCAGGAAGGAAUCGAGUUUUGGAUGCCGACAAUGUGGGGUAAACCUGUGCGUUUUGUGCUUUGAACCAUUUCACAAGGAUUUAGUCCCUGUCACACAGGAAGAGUAGACACCAAGACCUGUACUUACAUAUAUAUCAUAUAUAAUUGAGAUUGUUUGUAAAUUUAUUUUGAAAUGUUGGAAAUUUGUCACAUUCAUGAUUUUCAAUAUCAAUGACAAUAUCCAAUAUUUAUAACUUGUACAGUAUUUGAACUGUACUGUAGUUGAAUAUUUUCAUGUUACAGUGGAGACCGCUUAUUAUGAUAUUCUAUUUUCCAAAGAAAAAUAUUAUAAUAAACAGGAUAUUAUAAUAACCGAGCAAGCAAUUAUAUACCACUUGAACCAGAAGUUAGGCCAAUUUUCAUUGUUAAAUGUACUUUGAGGUCAAUAAGUAUAAGGAUUUAUAUCAUCACAUGUAUACAGAGUCAUUUUCAAUUUUAUAAAGUUAACUCUAGAUUUAAGUAUUUUUUAGAGAAUUUUUUCUCCGAAAAAUCAUAUUAAAAUAGAUUUUUGCAACAUAUUAAAAUAAUUAAACGGAGCGACAAGAUUUUUCUUAAUUAAAAUUUUAAUUGAUUUAGAAAAAUUGUGCAGAUUAGAUUUAAAGCCAUAUUGCUACAUUCCUGUGAUAAGGUGCACACAAUAAUCCGGUUCAUUUUUGAAUAUUUGCAUUGUUUAUUUGUUAUGUUAUUCUUGGAUUGUUUAUUUGUGGUAUUCAUCAAAUGAUACUAACAAAAACAUGUUGAAUAUAAAAGCUUGUUUUGUUA